AGGUUUCCUCAGAUGCCCGAUGGAGGGGAAGAGAGCGCUCGCGCUGCUCUGUGUUCUGUGGAGCGUUUUCUGUGUGACGGAGUGUGUGAGGAGAGAUGGCACGAGGCGCCGGAGACGUGAGACGUGUGCCGACGAUGGGCUGUACUCAUCAAGUAGUGGAUUACAGUGCUGUCGCUGUCCCAUAGGUCAUCACUUAGUGCGUGACUGCACUUCUAAUGGAACUGCUCCGGAGUGUGACGCGUGUGAACGGGGAUCAUAUCUGGAUCACGCGAACGCUCUGUCAAAAUGUGAACCCUGUAAGACGUGUGGCGUCAAUGACAACAUGAUCGAAGAAAAAAGAUGUACGCCUGCCUCUAACGCCAUGUGCCGCUGCAUGGACGGCUAUUACUGCGAUAAAGGAGCGGAGUGUAAAGUCUGUUACCCCUGCAGCACGUGUGAGUUUGGGAUUAAAGUACCGUGCAACCUCACCAGCGACGCACAGUGCCACGAACAAGGGCCCAACACCACAACUGCCAGCAUCAAAAUCCCGAUCCUAAUAAUUGCAUUCAUAAUAAUAAUAAUAAUAGCAGCAGUUGUUUAUCUGUGGAAGAAAAAGCUGUUUUGUUUUAAACCACCGGAACCACUGAAAACCCCUGAGCCAUUGGACCUGUUAAUUGAUAAAGAUCUGGGUGAGUUUCUGCCUAAAAUAUCGGAAAUCCUGGGUGUCCGCGUGAUCCUGCAGGUUGUCAGGCAACAACGCCUGCUGUCUGAGGGCGUAAUAGACAACAUAACGGUUGAAAAUCCUCAUGACGCGAGCGAACGAGCUUACCACCUGCUGAAGGCUUGGUAUGAGAAACACGGAAAAACAGGAGCUUACAGAACGCUGCGUGAGAACCUCAUCGCCAUCGGCAAGAGAAGUAAAGCUGACGAGGUGCGCGAACUCAUCGGCGAAAGAGAAAAUAAUAACGUGACCUAGAAUAAAGGAGUCGUGUAGUUCUCUAAAGGGUCAUUAAAGACAAUCCAGGAAAAACUAAAUCUUUAAAAACCUCGGACGGGUCGGAGGAGACGGAGUUGGCUAUUUUCUACCGUCAGUAUUUCGUCUGCUAGUUCAAACGUUGCCGUUCCGGUCACCUGAAACCCGCCGGGCUCGGACACGGACAAGCCUGCAGAUGAAUGAGUUUACUGUGCACGGUACCACACCGGAACCAGAAAGAACGCUGUGGAUGUUCUUCCUCGGAUAGCCUCAGGAUCCCAAUUACUACAAACGAGACACGAUUUCUAUCCGUUCCCCGGAUGACGACGCGUUCCCUUUCGAGUCUGAUAAAUUGAUACAUUUCCAUCUUGUCCACUGUCUAAAGCGCAAAACGCAUAAAACAGAAUUUAAAAACCUUCGCUUUUUACAUCAAGUUCUUAACAAACUGUAGUUGUUUUUUAGUUUGGGGUUUUUUGUUCGGUAGUUUUGUAGUUCAACACUCGGCUAUAUUUGUGCCAUUCUUAGAAUUAGGCUCUUUUUACUAAAUAGCUUCAUGUUUGUUUGUAUGUGUUUAUAUUGGUGUGAUGGAGCUCGUGCCAAAUUUAAAUAAAUGCUGUUGAUUUUCUCCUGUUA